GAAAUAGCCAACAGCAGCACAAUCUCUUGGUAGCAUUGUGGGGACCCCUCCCCAUACAGAAGUUUCCAAAAUGGGGUGGGACAGAAGGAAAGGAGCUUGGCAUGGGGGUGGUGAAGAGGGAAUUUUCCUGCCUGUAUCGGAGGCUGACAUCAGCAGUUCCUCACUGUCCCUUCAUUCAGCCUUGGCAGGUACCUGACCACCUCCCCAGGCCAUCCAAGGUGUGGGUUUGAGUGGGAGAGAGGAAAAGAUAAUUUUUGAACUUUGUUUUUAACUUCUUGGUCCUCCCCUAAAGCCGGUAAGAUAUAUAUUACCCUUUCCCAUUUCACAAAUGGGGCUACCAGGUCCAGAGAGGCAGAGGCACUGGUCUGAGGCCACACAGCUUGGAACCCAGGUCUGGUGACCCCAGGCUUCAGUGCCUCAGCAGCUGGACCUCUGGUCAGACCGGCAGCUGAUCCUUGCGUGGAUGCCAGUUCUAUCCAGAAGUUCGGGGCCAGCACGGAAAGUGCUGACUGGCCCUGGCCUUCCUUCGGGCCACAGCAGGGGCCCUGGCAGCCACCUGCCUGGCUCACUCUCCGGCCUAAGACCGUUAAAGUGCAGGUGGGGGGAGGGAAGAGGGAAGACCGGCCACUCUCUCCCCUUGGAACCCCGUCCGAAUUCAGACCAGCAGCCCCUGGCGAGGCCCCCGAGAGCCUGCGAGGAUUGCCCCCCCCCCCCGCCCAGAGCAGAGCCAGAGUGCCCCAGUUCUCACUCCCGCUGGCUACACGGGGUGGCGUGCAGGGAGCGUGCUUUGGCACCAGGCGGGUGCGGGAGGCAGGGCGCACGCCCGGGACACGCCUUACGGAAACCGCCUCUGGGCUCGGUAACUGAACUUAGACGUCGAGUGCAGCCGGCCCAGUGCGCGCCGCGUCUUACCACCCAGUCUUGGAAAUCAGCUGCCAGGGUGGGGCCGCGUUUUGGCCACGGCCACUAGGCCACCCCUACCGCUCCUGCCUCUCCCAAGAGAUUUUUCUAGCGGGUUAAUUUCCUGUCUGGGUAAAUCCUUUGGUGAGUCCCUCGCCCCUCCCUCCCCUCCCUCCCCUCCCUCCCCUCCCCAUCCCUGCUGUCCCGGCUCCCCCAGUCGGUCCGCGCUGCGCUCCGUCGCCCCCGCGCGCCCGGGCGCACGCCCUCCCCGCCCCGGCCGCCCUCCGGCUCCCCGCGCCCGGCAGCCAGUGCCUCGCCGCGCCGCGCCGCCCCGCGCCAGGGCUCGUUCCCAGAGCCGCGUCCGUGUCGCCGCGGCCCGCGCGGACCCCCCGGCCAUGCGCCCCCGCGCCGCCCCCCGCGCUCCAGCCUGCGCCGCCGCGGCGCUCCGGCUCUGCAGCCUCCUGCUGCUGCUCGCGCCCGGGCACGCGUGCCCCGCGGGCUGCGCCUGCACCGACCCGCACACCGUGGACUGCCGCGACCGCGGGCUGCCCAGCGUGCCCGACCCCUUCCCCCUGGACGUACGCAAGCUGCUUGUGGCCGGCAACCGCAUCCAGCGGAUUCCCGAGGACUUCUUCAUCUUCUACGGCGACCUGGUCUACCUGGACUUCAGGAACAACUCGCUGGGCUCGCUGGAGGAGGGCACGUUCAGCGGCUCGGCCAAGCUCGUGUUCCUCGACCUCAGUUACAACAACCUGACCCAGCUGGGCGCCGGCGCCUUCCGCUCUGCCGGGAGGCUGGUGAAGCUUAGCCUGGCUAACAACAACCUGGCGGGCGUGCACGAGGCCGCCUUCGAGACCCUGGAGUCGCUGCAGGUGCUGGAGCUCAACGACAACAACCUGCGCAGCCUCAGCGUGGCUGCCCUGGCCGCCCUGCCCGCGCUGCGCUCCCUGCGUCUGGACGGGAACCCCUGGAUCUGCGACUGUGACUUCGCCCACCUCUUCUCCUGGAUCCAGGAGAACGCAUCCAAACUGCCCAAAGGCCUUGAUGAAAUCCAGUGCUCCCUGCCCAUGGAGAGCAGGAGGAUAUCCCUGCGCGAGCUGUCGGAGGCCAGCUUCAGCGAGUGUAGGUUCAGCCUGUCGCUCACAGACCUCUUCAUCAUCAUCUUCUCCGGCGUGGCUGUGUCCAUUGCGGCCAUCAUCUCCAGCUUCUUCCUGGCCACCGUGGUGCAGUGCUUCCAGAGGUGUGCACCCAACAAAGAUGCGGAGGAUGAAGACGAGGAUGAGGAUGACUGAGCCACCUUCUCCUUCCUGCUCCUUACUCUCCAGCACCGAACCAGAAGCCUUCUCCAAGCAGAGAGGAAAAUGCUGAAAACAGAAAAGCACUGGCCACUGUCUGUGAAUGGAAUGGAGCCUGUUCCAUGUCUUGGCCCCGGGUGCACCUGCUGGGACCAUCAAUCUCAGAGUUUAGAAUCAGCAGAGCAGAGAAGCCCGGGAAAGAUGGAGGGAAUUCUUCCUGGAGCAUAACCUGCCUCUCACACUGAGGUGUGUGCUGGGGGAGAAGAUGACCGAGUCAGUUUCAUAGCUGAUGGGUAAAAGCCUCCCCCAGGAGAUACAGAGACUUGCAACUUUCAAUGGGAAAGAUGAUUUUGUGCCAUUCUUUUUCUGACCUAUACCGGGAGAUCAUGAAGCAUCUACCUUCUUCCCAAGAAGCAGCAGCUCAACCAGUGGAGAUUCAAAUUCGGAUCAUUCACCACAAGAGUGAGAACUUUGCUCUUUAUAUAAUGGGCCUCAGCAACCUUGGGAUAUUAUACUGAGAACUAAUAAACUCGUGUGCAAUAGACUCAAUGUUUAUGUGUCCCCAGAAUUUCUAUGUGGAAAUCUAAUCCCUAGUGGGAUGGUAUUUGGAGGUGGUGCUUUUGGGAGGUGAUUAGAUUUAGCUGAGUUCAUGAGGAUGGGGCCCAAAUGAUGGGAUUAGUGCCCUCAUGAAAGUUGGCCCCAGAGAGCUCCUUCACCCCUCUAACACUUGAGAUGCAGCAAGAAAUCAGCCACCCAUGAAUCAAGCAGGCCCUCACCAGAACCCAACCACGCUGCCACCCAGAUCUCAGGCUUCCAGCCGCCAGAAUUCGGAGAAAUAAAUAAAUACCUGUUGUUUGUAAGCCA